CUAAUAUCUUAUCGAGUUUCAAUGGCUUCCCUUCCCCGUACUCCCAACCAUUUCUCUUCUUCUUCUUCUUCUAUUACAUUUACACAUGCAAAAUAUGUCUCGUUCGACUCCUCCACUUCUUCUUAUUCUUAUCUCCUCCUAGAUUCUUCCCUCCCAGGUAACAAGUUUUGCACCCACCCAUACUAAUAUGGCAUCUGCUGCAUAUUCAAUCUACUUAUCCUAUGACAAGAAAGUUCUUGCUCGUAUUGAGUCCUUACCUAAAAGCGAUGGAAGGUUUCUACAAAAGGGGACCUGGAACCAGCACAGGUUAUUUAAGAUGAAAUAUAGGCCUAAUAGGUUAGUUUCUAGAAUCCCGAAGCAGGCAAGAUCAUUCAAAACCUAUUUGCAGUGUAAGACUAGAGAUUUGCAUCUCUCCUUGGAUGGAGAGGAAGAUACUGCUUCGGAUUCUACUGUCACAAUUGGUGAACACUGUUCUGAGGUGAACGAAGUUGAUGUUUGGGGUUCAGUGCUGUCACAUCUUACCAAGCAUUUGAAGCAAACGCAGGUCACGGUAGCAGCUGGUGUACUUGCAUGCAUAUUCUUACUUGUUCCAACUGCUGAUGCUGUUGACGCACUAAAGACAUGUGGUUGUUUACUGAAAGAGUGCAGGGUGGAACUAGCCAAGUGUAUAGCAAACCCAUCUUGUGCAGCCAAUGUUGCAUGUCUGCAGACAUGUAAUAAUCGGCCCGAUGAGACCGAAUGCCAGAUCAAAUGUGGUGAUUUGUUUGAGAACAGAGUUGUGGAUGAGUUCAAUGAAUGUGCCGUCUCUCGUAAGAAAUGUGUUCCACAAAAGUCAGAUGUUGGUGAAUUCCCAGUACCAGAUCCUUCAGCACUUGUCAAAAAAUUUAACAUUGAAGAUUUCACUGGGAAAUGGUACAUCACCAGUGGUUUGAAUCCCACUUUUGAUGCUUUUGAUUGCCAAUUACACGAUUUCCACAUGGAGGCCAACAAACUUGUAGGCAAUUUAUCAUGGAGGAUACGAACUCCUGAUGGUGGCUUCUUUACUCGAACAGCUGUACAAAAAUUUGUGCAGGAUCCUGUACAGCCUGGGAUACUUUACAAUCAUGACAACGAGUUCCUACACUACCAAGAUGACUGGUACAUUUUGUCAUCCAAGAUAGAGAAUAAUGCAGAUGACUACGUAUUUGUAUACUAUCGUGGUAGGAAUGAUGCAUGGGAUGGAUAUGGAGGUGCAUUCUUGUACACGAGAAGCUCGGUUUUACCUGAUAGCAUAGUCCCCGAAAUAGAAAGAGCAACAAAAAGUGUAGGGCGGGAUUUUAGCACAUUCAUUAAAACAGAUAACACUUGUGGGCCUGAACCUCCUCUAGUCGAAAGAAUAGAAAAGACUGUAGAAGAAGGAGAAAGGACUAUUGUAAGAGAGGUAGAGGAGAUUGAAGGAGAGAUUGUAAAUGAAGUAGAGAAGGUUGAAAGAACCGAAAGGACACUAUUGGAGAGGCUAUUUGAAGGGUUCAAAGAACUCAAACAAGACGAAGAGAACCUCCUGAGAGGACUUAGUGAAGAAGAGAUGGCAAUUUUAAAUGAUUUGAAGAUGGAGGCAAAUGAGGUUGAGAAACUCUUUGGACAGGCACUACCUCUGAGGAAGUUAAGGUAAAUGGCUACUUAGUACAAUCAAAAUAUGCUUAUUUGAUCUCAGUCAGAAAGAGUUUUCAAAGCUUCCGAGGCUGAAAAUAACAUAGCAGUUCCGACAAAAACCGAGAGAAAGUGCACUGAAAUUUUGCAUUCUGUAUGGAAUAAUACGUAUCUGUGCAAGAAUACUGGAGCCUUCCAUCUGUGGAACCUCGUUCCUCCUGCUUUUACCACACUAGCUACUUAAGUUUGAUACAAUAUAUGGAUUAUACGGUGAAUACUAAAUUACCAAUAGUUCCUCUCAGGCCUAUAUUCUGACCUGAAAAGAUUUGCGUAAAAUGUCAAUUGGAAAUUAAUUUGUGCAAUUAUUUCUUAUAGUAUAAAUUCCAUUUGUUCUGAGUUUUUUAUUUUCUUUUUUAUGAUCUCUGUUGUUCCAAAAGUGUACAAGCAUAUCACAUACUUUGCAAAGGUUUUACA